AAUGACCAUCCCCCCCUAUGAGUUCCCCAACCCUGCCUGUCGUAUGUACUGAUACCUGGUGUACUUGAUGUAGCUGAUGAACGUUCAACACUGAGGACGGCGGUCUGUAUGUAGGAGAGUCUUUUGAAUAUGGCUUCGAAAGCAAUCCCCGUUGUACUGGUCAGCGCUGGCAGUGCAGGCCUGGGCGCGGCCACCGCACGGCUUUUCUGCAAGAACGGGUACCGGGUUGUCGUGAACUACAGCAGUAAUGCCGAGCGGGCUGAUAGGCUGCUGCUCGAGUUCAAGACCCUCACAACGCUACCGCCGACAGAGCAUGGCAGUGCGUUUGCCGCGAUCCAAGCUGAUCUGACGAAGCGCGAAGAUAUCAAGCGACUAGUCGACGAAUCUGUCCACAGGAUGGGCCGAUUGGAUGUGGUAUUUUCUAACGGCGGAUGGACUAGAAUUAGAGAUAUGACGAGUAUUGACGAUAAUGUGCUUGAGGAUGAUUGGGACAGAUGUUUCAACAUGAACGUCAAAUCGCAUCUAUGGUUGAUGCACGCAGCUCGGGAGCAUCUCGAUGAGGCAGAGGGGACUUUUGUCACCACAGCGUCUGUAGCCGGCGUCAACCACAGCGGCAGCUCCUUGGCUUAUUCAGUCACCAAGGCGGCCCAGAUUCAUCUAGUGAAGGGGUUGGCUCAAAUGGCAGCUCCCAGGGUCAGGGUAAACAGUGUUUCCCCUGGAUUGCUACUUACGGAAUGGAGUGAUCAGUUUUCUGAUGAGGCGAAGGAGGCGUACGCACAAAGGACGAAGCUGAAGCGUCUGCCUACGGUCGAUGAUGUUGCGGAACAGGUCCUCACAUUCGCCAAGAGUCGAAGUCAGACGGGCACGAAUGCCAUUGUCGAUUCUGGAUACAGCUUAUAACGAGCAUCGCGAUUUGGAUGAUAGCAAAUAGAUAACCAGAUGUGCUUAUUCUCUUGAAACC